AUGACUGAAGCGGCCCCACUCGAAAUACCUUCCCCAGAGCGGACUGCGGAACUCAAGGAAUCACUAGAAGAGAUCAGAGAACGCGUCAAGGCGGCCUCUUUACCGGGGAGCUCGCCCACUCUUGUGGCAGUCUCAAAAUAUAAGCCUGCGUCCGACAUUCUGGCUUGUUAUCGAGAUGGACAGUUGGAUUUCGGGGAGAACUACGUGCAGGAGCUGGAGGAGAAAGCACGCGUCCUGCCCACGGAUAUUCGUUGGCAUUUCAUUGGCACUUUGCAGUCUAAUAAAGCCAAAAUUCUCGCUUCGAUCCCUAAUCUAUUCAGCGUCCAAACAUUAGGGUCUAUUAAGGCUGCCACUUCCCUGAACAAAGCUCUCCCUGGAGAUCGCGUGUCUCCUCUGAGAGUCCUUAUCCAGGUCAAUACGUCGGGCGAGGAUUCUAAAUCAGGACUCUCACCACUCACCUCGGAUUCGAAUCUGGCAGAGUCGGAUCUCGUCCUAUUGGCCAAUCACGUCAUCCAGGAAUGUCCAAAACUUCGCCUGGAAGGCCUCAUGACCAUCGGUGCACUGGAGCUGUCACUGACCGCUACCGAAACCGAGAAAAAUACCGACUUCGAAAGACUGAAGGAAACACGAGGUAUUUUAGCGAGUCAUCUGAAAGGCGCUUUCCCAAAAGGCGACAAGAAAUGGGGGAAUUUCUCAGGCCGCCUUAUACUGAGCAUGGGGAUGUCGAGCGACUUCGAAGCAGCUCUGAAAGCUGGGGGCGAUAUUGUACGAGUGGGGACCGGCAUUUUUGGACAGAGGGCGAAGAAGACUUCAUGA